AAUGUACCAGUUCUACUCUUAUUAUUGUCGGCGCUAUUUCCAAUAUAAAUUUUCUCCUUCCCAUAUGCAAAUGUAAAACUAUUCUUUUCUCUAAAACUAAAAUAAAAUAACGAAGCUCUCCAUAAACUCAGAAGUCAAAGAUCACAAGUAUUCCAAAUCAUGUCCAUAACAGUUGGGAAGCCUAUUCAUUGUAAAGCUGCUGUAGCGAGAGAAGCAGGGAAACCGUUGGUAAUAGAAGAAGUGAUAGUAGCUCCACCAAGUGUUCAUGAAGUUCGCAUAAAAAUCCUCUGUACAUCUCUUUGUCACAGCGAUCUUACCUUAUGGAACUUAAAAGAACCUCCUGGGUAUUUUCCAAGGAUAUUGGGCCAUGAGGCUGUUGGGAUAGUGGAGAGCGUAGGCGAGGAUGUGAAGGAAUUUGCUGAAGGAGAUUUUGUAAUGCCAGUAUUUUUGGCGAAUUGUGGGGAUUGUGGUGACUGUAAACAUAGAAAAAGCAAUCAAUGUUCAACGCUUCCAUUUAAGCUGUCAAAUCUGAUGCCAAGAGAUGAGACUGGCAGAUUUACAAAUACUAAAGGAGAAACCUUGUACCAUACUUUGCAUGUCUCGAGUUUUACUCAGUAUACAGUUGUGGAUGUUGCUCACUUAACCAAGGUUGAUCCACAAAUACCACCUAAUAGGGCUUGCCUUCUCAGUUGUGGUGUCUCCACAGGGGUUGGUGCUGCUUGGAGAACGGCACAAGUAGAAGAAGGCUCAACAGUCGCUAUAUUUGGCCUAGGUGCAAUUGGUUUAGCGGUUGCGGAGGGAGCAAGACUUUGUGGAGCUACUAGAAUCAUUGGUGUUGAUGUUAAUGCUUCUAAAUUUGAAAUAGGAAAAAAGUUUGGAGUUACAGACUUUGUCAAUCCUAUGGAUAAUGCAACUAAAUCAGCUAGUGAGAUUAUUAAUGAGAUGACAGAUGGGGGUGCAGACUACUGCUUCGAGUGCGUGGGCAUGGCAUCGUUGGUGGAAGAAGCUUUCGCCUGCUGCCGAAAGGGUUGGGGAAAGACAGUGGUCUUAGGAGUUGAUAGGCCUAUGUCCAAGUUGAGCCUUAGCUCCCAUGAUGUGCUACAAAAUGGGAAGAUCCUUACAGGUUCUCUGUUUGGAGGUCUCAAAGCCAAAUCUGACAUUUCCACUCUAGUUAAAUGGUACUUAGAUAAGAAACUGCAACUCGAUGAGUUUGUAACGCACGAGAUGAAGUUUGAGGACAUCAACAAGGCCUUUGAGUUGCUCCUUGAAGGAAAGUCUCUUCGAUGCGUGUUGUGGAUGAAUACAUGAUGGGGAAUAAUAUGGAAUUGUAAAACUUUUUUUAAAAAAUAAACAUUAAUUCAUUGAUUAAAAGUCAUACGACAUCUACAAUAAAAGUUAAAACUAAACAAAUACAUAUCAAAAUGGAAUUGUAAACCUUUAAUUUCUCAAGUGCUUGUUUUAUUUGACUUCAUUUUUUAUAAUAUGGGAAAAUCUAUACAAAUAUAUUAAAA